AUGGCGGAGGAUAACCAGAGAAUGCAAAACCAAAUCGCCCAAUUGGUACAAGCUCGCUUAGAGCACAAUAAUGAUGACCACGAGAACAACGAACGAACUCAUGUUUCUGAGACACCUCAAAGCAACAAUGAAGGAAAUCACCAGAAUGAAGAAGCUCAGCCUGACAACGAGGAAGAACAACCUGACAACUCUGCAGGGCCAUUUACAGCAGAUAUAAUGAACUUUCAGCUCCCCAGACAAUUCACUCUUCCGUCAACUCUAACCCCAUAUGACGGAUUGGACGGUUCUGCACUUGACUGGUUUUGCUCUUUGCCUGCAGAAUCGAUAUCCCGUUUUCAGGAGUUAGCUGGCCAAUUUGAAGACCAUUUUGCAGCGUCCGCAAUAUACCUCCACGAUUCUGACUAUUUAACGACUAUUAAGCAGGGACCACAAGAGAGCCUGAAGGAUUACAUCACCCGCUUUAUAAAGGUCGCCAUGAGGAUCCCCGACCUCCAUCCAGAGGUCCAUCUCCACGCCAUUAAAAGCGGCCUCCCCCCCGGCAAAUUUCAGGAAACUAUCGCUGUGACAAAGCCCAAAACUUUAGCCGAGUUUCGUGAGAAAGCCAAAGGUCAGAUUGAUGUCGAAGAACUCAGGCAAGCAAGGAGGACAGAAAGAUCAACCACAAGCAAAGACGACGAUAAACCCCGGGAUGGCAAAAAAGCAUUUAAGCCGGUCCCUCGUUAUGACUCAUACACUCAAUUCAACACAAAAAGGGACGACAUUAUCAAGGAGAUACUCAACUCUAAGCUAAUUAAGCCUCCUCGCAAAGCCGGCAAUUAUCCAGAAUCAAAAAGCGUUGACAAAUCGAAAUAUUGCACUUUUCACCAGAAACACAGACACACAACCGACGAAUGCGUUAUUGCUAAAGAUCUCCUCGAAAGACUAGCAAGGCAAGGGCAUCUCGACAAAUUCAUCGCAGGGCAUAUCCAGAAGAACACUAUCCCCGCCCCCGAUACAUCAGCAGCUGGCACAUCCUCAAAAGGAAAGGAAAAAGCACCGGCCCAACCUAGAGGAGUAAUAAAUUGUAUUUCAGGGGGUUACGCUGGAGGAGGACACACAAGCUCGGCCCGAAAAUGCACUUAUAGGGCCAUGCUGGCAGUAACGGAUGCCCCAAACAAUCCUUGGCCACUGACGAAUGUCCCAGAAGUGACCUUCAGAUCAGCCGACUUCAAUGGUGUCGAUACCAACCUAGAUGACCCUGUUGUCAUCUCUAUUCAGUUAGGAGACCUGAUAGUAAGAAAGGUUUUACUUGACCCAGGAAGCAGUGCGGAUGUCUUAUUUUUCACCACCUUUGAAAAGAUGAAGCUGAGCAACAAUAUUCUGCAGCCGUACUUUGGAGACCUGGUCAGAUUCUCAGGAGAACGAGUUCCUGUACUAGGAUCAGUGUGGUUACAAACCACACUCGGUGAGCAACCAUUAUAUAGGACGCAGGAUAUUCAAUAUCUUGUAGUUGAUUGUUUUAGCCCUUAUAAUGUCAUUUUAGGUAGACCCUUUUUAAAUAAAUUUGCAGCAAUCGUAUCUACUAUUCACCUUUGCGUCAAGUUCCCUGUGCAGGACAAUGUGGUAGCUACGAUUCACGGAGACCUCCAGGAAGCUCGGCAAUGCUAUAACACGAGCUUAAAGCCCCUCAAAAAAGCUGGACAAUCACAGAUCAACUCCAUAAAGUCAGAACAGAUAAUACCAGCCGAACUUGACCCUCGGGCUGAUUUCGAAGAUCGGCCUAUGCCAAAUGAAGAGCUAACAAAGAUCACUCUAAAUGAUGACCCAAUGAAGUUCACUUUUGUGGGCACCUCAAUGAGUACUGAAGAUAGAAAAAGCCUUGCAAGUUUCUUACGGCAAAAUGCCGACCUAUUUGCAUGGACCUCUGCUGAUAUGCCAGGAAUAGAUCCGUCUGUUAUAACAUACAAAUUGGCAAUCAAUCCAGCAGCUCGGCCGAUCUCCCAGAAAAAAAGAAACCUCGGCACCGAAAAGCGACAAGCAUCAAUAGCUGAGGUGAAAAAGCUAAUCGACGCCAAUGUCAUCAGAGAAAUCAGGUUCACAACAUGGCUGGCCAAUGUGGUUAUGGUAAGAAAAAGUAAUGGUAAGUGGCGCAUGUGCGUCGAUUUCACUGAUUUAAAUAAAGCAUGUCCUAAGGAUGCUUACCCUUUACCUUGUAUUGAUACUUUGGUUGAUAACUCUUGUGGUUACGGUACUUUAAGCUUCAUGGACGCAUAUUCUGGUUAUAACCAGAUCCUUAUGCACUCAACAGAUCAAGAAAAAACGGCUUUCAUAACUGAGAAUGGUAAUUAUUGCUAUAAUGUUAUGCCUUUUGGCCUAAAGAAUACAGGGGCAACAUAUCAACGGUUGAUGAAUAAGAUCUUCGAGCAGCAAAUAGGCCGAAAUAUAGAGGUUUACGUUGAUGAUAUGGUCGCCAAAACCAAGCUCGGCGACUCCCAUAUCCAGGACCUGGCCGAAAUCUUCGGGCAAAUCCGACGAUACAAUAUGAGGUUAAAUCCAGAAAAGUGCGCCUUCGGGGUUCAGGGAGGAAAGUUCCUCGGAUUCAUCCUCACUAGCCGAGGAAUUGAAGCAAAUCCAGAGAAAUGUCAAGCAAUACUCGACAUGCAAAGUCCAUCCACAAUAAAGGAGGUUCAAAGGCUAACAGGACGAUUAGCCGCUCUAUCUAGGUUUUUACCAUGUUUAGCACCUAAAUCCUCAAACUUUUUCCAAUGUUUAAAAAAGAACGCAAAACAUUUUGAAUGGAACCAAAACUGUGAAAUGGCUUUCAAGAGCUUAAAAGAAUUUCUUUCAAAACCCCCCGUUUUACAAAAACCAAAGUUCGGCGAGCCAUUAUACAUAUAUUUGUCUAUUACUGAUGUGGCAAUUAGUUCUGCUCUUGUAAUAGAAACAGAUAAGGCCCAACAGCCAGUCUAUUUUGUGAGCAAGUCCUUACAGAACGCCGAGCUUCGCUACCCAAGGUUGGAAAAGCUCGCCUUGGCCCUAGUUCUUUCAAAACCCGAGCUAGCAGGAAGGCUGAUUAAAUGGGCCAUUGAGCUGUCAGAGUUUGACAUUCAAUAUCAACCAAGAAGGUCGAUCAAGUCCCAAUACGUAGUUGACUUCGUUGCUGAACUCAUGGAACCAUGCUCAGAUGCAUCAAGUACAGAGUGGACCUUAUUCAUAGAUGGCGCUUCCAACCCUCAGGGUGCUGGUGCUGGAAUAUUACUCGAAAGCUCGGAUGGCAUAGUUCUCGAGCAUUCUCUCAGAUUCUCAUUCAAGGCCAGCAAUAACCAAGCCGAGUAUGGAGCCCUCAUAGCAGGGCUCAGGUUAGCCAUCGAUUUACAUGUUGAUAAUUUAAAGGUUUACUGCGAUUCAUUAUUAGUCGUUCAACAAGUGAACCACAGUUUUCAAACAAAAGACCCGAUCUUAUUGAAAUACUUGGAUAUUGUCCAACAACUUCUAAAAAAUUUUUCAACCAUUGAGGUUAUUCACAUACCUAGGGAGCAAAACCACAGGGCAGAUAUUUUGUCAAAAUUAGCAACCACACAAUCCCACACCGCCACCCUUUUACAAUCAACUCUAGAUAAACCAAGCAUUGAUGCAUUUAAUGUUUUAAACAUAGAUAAUAAAGACAGUUGGCAACAGCCUUACAUUCAGUACCUCUGUUCUGAAUCCAUUCCAGAAGAAAUUGAAGAUAAGAACAAAUUCAAGAGACAUGCCUCCUAUUAUACGUUGUUAAGUAACAUUCUGUAUAGGCGAGGAUACUCUCGACCUUUGUUAAAAUUUUUGGACAGGUCAGAGGCCGACCUUGUCUUAUUCGAGGCCCACGAGGGCAUUUGUGGAAUACACUCCGGAGCUCGAAGCCUAGCACAGAAAGUUCUUCGAGCCGGCUUUUACUGGCCGACGAUAUGGGAAGAUAGCAAACACAAAGUCAGAACCUGCAAUAAUUGUCAGAAGCAUUCGCCGAUCAUUCAUCUACCAGCAGAGCAUCUUCAUCAUUCAGUGGUAAGCUGGCCAUUUGAUAAAUGGGGAAUCGAUAUUCUAGGGCCAUUCCCUAUCGCUGCAAGACAGGUAAAAUAUUUGGUAGUUGCAAUUGAUUACUUUUCUAAAUGGAUCGAGGCACAACCCUUGGCAAAAAUCACACCAACACAAAUGAUAAGCUUUGUUUGGAAAAGCAUAAUUUGCAGAUUUGGUAUACCCGGUCACAUUACAACUGACAAUGGUCGACAGUUUAUCGACCAAAAUUUUAAGAAUUUUUUGCAGAAUCUAAAAAUAAAGCAACAAUUUUCUUCCGUCGAACAUCCACAGUCCAAUGGGCUAGCAGAGGCUGCUAAUAAGGUCAUCCUCCAGGCUUUACGAAAAAAGCUUGACAGUGCAAAAGGAUUAUGGGCCGAGCUCGUCCCAGAAGUACUAUGGGCAUAUAAUACUACAGCUCAUUCGACAACCAAGGAAACCCCAUUUCGUUUGGUCUAUGGAUCUGAAGCUAUGAUUCCUAUAGAAGUGUCCCAGGGCUCAAUGCGGACGUUAGCCAAACAACACGAUCAAGCUCGGCAGGCAGAGCUCGACCUAAUCGAAUAA